AUGGCCCAAUCUCUUUUAUUCACAGUGAAGAGACGUGCCCCUGAAUUUGUAACUCCAUCAAAACCAACCCCUCAUGAAAUCAAACUUCUGUCAGACAUAGAUGACCAAGAUGGGUUACGUUUUCAAAUUCCAGUGAUACAAUUUUACAAGUAUGAUCCAAAUAUGGCAGGGAAGGACCCUGUUGAUGUUAUUAGAAAAGCACUUGCGAGAACGCUUGUGUUUUAUUAUCCAUUUGCAGGUAGGUUGAGAGAAGGUCCUGGUAGAAAACUUAUGGUGGAUUGUAAUGAAGAAGGUGUUUUGUUCAUUGAAGCUGAUGCUGAUGUUAGUUUGAAGGAUUUUGGUGAUGCUCUUCAGCCUCCUUUUCCUUGUUUGGAUCAACUUCUUUUUGAUGUUCCUGGCUCUUCACAAGUUCUUAAUACUCCUCUCAUGGUUAUUCAGGUAACACGUCUGAAUUGCGGCGGUUUCAUUUUCGCGCUUCGACUAAACCAUACAAUGGGGGACGCAGCGGGUUUAACCCAAUUCAUGAGUGCCUUAGGCGAAAUAUGUCGUGGAAUGAAAGAACCUUCAAUUCCACCACUGUGGAACAGAGAGGUUCUGAAUGCAAGAAACCCACCAAGAGUAACAUGUAGUCACCGGGAAUACGAACAAAUACCUGACACCAAAGGAACCAUCAUCCCCUUAGACGACAUGGCUCACCGCUCUUUCUUCUUCGGCCCCUCCGAACUCGUCGCAAUCCGAACACUUCUUCCGCCUCACCAACAAAAACGCUCCAACUUUGAAAUCUUAACUGCAUGCCUGUGGCGUUGUCGCACAAUCGCUUUACAGCCAGACGCGGACGAAGAAGUUCGUAUAAUCUGCAUCGUUAAUUCACGAAGCAGAUUCAAUCCACCUUUACCAAAAGGUUUCUACGGUAACGCGUUUGCAUUUCCUGUCGCGGUUACAACGGCAGGAAAGCUAAUUGAAAAUCCAAUGGGAUACGCAUUGGAGUUAGUUCAAAAAGCGAAAGGUGAUGUCACUCAAGAGUACAUGCAUUCCGUUGCGGAUCUAAUGGUUCUCAAGGGUCGACCUCAUUUUACCGUGGUGAGGUCGUUUCUUGUUUCUGAUGUGACUCGCGCUGGAUUUGGAGAUGUUGAUUUUGGUUGGGGAAAAGCUGUUUAUGGUGGACCGGCUAAAGGAGGAGUUGGUGCUGUUCCUGGUGUUGCUAGCUUUUAUAUACCUUUUGUAAAUGGUAAAGGAGAGAAAGGUUUGGUUAUUCCUGUUUGUUUGCCAGCUCAAGCUAUGGAGAGGUUUGUUGUAGAGUUGCACAGUGUUCUUAACAAUAACAAGGUUAACAAAUCUACUAAGGCUGCUCCAGGAUCUGCUUUCAUUACUUCUUCUUUGUAG